CUCGUUGGGUUUUUCUCAGCUUUUUAUCUGCAUUUCGGAGCUUUUAACCUACGGAAAUGACACUGAGUAUCGGUUUACUGUAUUUAACCUGGCUGACCUUUUCACCGGUCAUGUCGCUAUUCGAUGCACUGGAUUGUGUGGCGUUUAAUACACUGCACUGCAAAGCCGACUGUUCCAAUAUUCCAACAAAAUUAGAUUGCGAAUCUGUUGUUGACGAUGAAUUGCAUCAGUUGUUGACUCAAUACAGCAACAUCACAAGUACACCUUUGCGUCUUACAAUAAGAAAGUCCGCAGAUUUACAUCUAAGUCAGAAUUUAUUUGCUCCGGUUGUCAAUCAACUAUGGGAUUUACGCAUCGAAUCCGACACGAUCAUCAAUGAAAUCCCUAGCGGAUCCUUUAAUGGCCUAAAAAAUGUGCGAUUCUUAGAUUUGUCCGGUAAUAAAAUCGCGCAUCUACAUGCCGAAGACUUUGCCGGUCUUAAUCAGAUACGCGGUAUAAAACUGGAGAGAAAUCCGUUGAUCCAGAUUGCUGCUGGUGUUUUUGAUGACCUCAACAAUUUAAGGUGUAUCGACUUGGAUGAUAACGCACUAACCUGUGACUGCAGGACAUUAUGGCUGAAAAAAUGGUCCAUAUCACAUCCAAAUUUCUGGGAGGACGAUCAGGAAUUGUAUGAAAACGCCGGUCCAGACCAAGACUGCGAUGGAGAUAUCCCAGAUUGUGAAUACCCUCCCAUAAUGCGUGACAGGAACGUCACCGAAAUCCCUUCCGACAUCUGCGACACGGCCAUAAGUGAUAUGGAAUGCAUGGAACUGCAAACUAGCCACUGCAAGACCUACUGCGACAACUGGACGCCGAUGCAGAUCCAGUGCACCAACGUCGGCUAUGCGGAACUAAAGGGAAUUCUGUCCCGUUACUCUCAACUAACCGAUCGUCCUCUCCGUCUGGACAUCGCCAGAUCGGCUAAUUUGGCGCUGAACACCAGUCUGUGGGAACCGGUAAAGGAUCAGCUAAUCCAUCUACACUUGGACCAUUCCGCUGUUUUGCUCCGUCCGAAUAGCUUCGCCAAUCUGCGCCGCCUGGUGUUUCUGGAACUGAGCGAUGAUGAACUGGCGGUGAUUCCGCGUGGUACGUUCGAAGGAUUAACGGCGCUGAAGGGACUGUCACUGGAUGACAGCAGUGUGGAGCACAUCGACGAAGGUGCCUUUGCCCCGCUGACCAGUCUGGCAUGUUUGAAACUAGAUGAUCACGACGAUCAUGCGAUUGGAUUGUGUGACUGCGAUAUGCAGUGGUUACGCGGAUGGACCAGUAAUCACACGCAGGUGUUCGACGAGAAGGUGCUGAUGUAUGAUUAUGGACUGAAGGUGUUCUGUGACGGGGAUGAUUUAGAUUGUCCAGGGAAGGAGCCCGGGACAUCACAGCAGGACGAUUGCUCAUGAACGAAAGUGCUUAUUAACUAUCUUUAGCUGUAGACAUACCGGUAUUUAUUAGCGACGACUGAAUUGCGGAAGUUAGCGGUAUUGCACAAAACUGACUUUUGUUUAUUGGUUUUACUGUUAAUUAUUUGAAAUGCGAUACAAUCAUUUCUAGUUAAGCCUUCAACUGCUGUAUCGUCCAUUUGAUCAAUCGCUUGACUAUGAACAACUCUAUAUAAAAACUGAA